AUGCGUUUCUCUACCGUUGCUUUCAUGGCCGGCUCGGCCCUGGCCCACGGCCACGACGCCCCUACCUCGACCGACUACACCACCACCCUGGUUACCGUCACUGCCUGCCCGUCGACCGUCACCAACUGCCCUGCCCACUCGCAGACCAGCAGCGUCGUGACCAGCCUGGUUCCCGUCACCACCUCGACCGUCUACACCACCAAGGUCCACACCAUCACCUCGUGCGGCCCCACGGUCACCAACUGCCCGGCUCACAGCACCAUCAUCACCACCGAGACCAUCCCCAUCUCGACCACUGUGUGCCCCGUUGGCCCUACCACCUCUGCUGGCCCCGUCUACCCCAACAGCACCAUCGCUGUUCCCACCGGCGGUGCCUCGUCCGCUCAGCCCUCUGGCCCCGUCACUGUCUCCUCGGCCCUGCCCAGCGGCCCUGCCACCACCGCCGCCCCCGAGUGCCCCAGCCACUCCGUCACGGCCAUCACCAAGAGCUACACCACCGUCCUCACCACGGUUGAGUACUCCACCGUCGAGGUCCCCUGCCCGACCGAGACCCAGGGCCCCAGCGGCACCGUCACUCCCCCCGUUGUCACUCCUCCCCCUGCUGGCAACACCUCGGUCCCCACUGGUGUCCCUCCCCCGGUCACUGCUGGCGCUGCUUCCUUCGCCGGCUCGGCCCUCUUCGCCGCUGCCGCCGGUGUCGCCGCCUACGUCUUCGCUUAA